AUGCUGCCCCCGCCCGCCGAGCCACUGGAGGAAGGAGGCGAUGCCGGCCUGCUCCUGCUCUUCCUGCUGGACUUGCGCGUCCGCAGGCGCAGAUUCGGCUGUGAGGAGCCCGCCACCACCUUUUCUCCUAGCCGCCCGCUUUGUGGCGAAUGUGCCGAGCUGGUGUCGAAACCCGCUCCUUGCUGUUGCUCCCGGCGCUGGGCGGGAGGGGGAGGGGGAGGAGAACCAGUGUCGUCAUCAGACACAGCGCUCGGGCCCUGCCUGAGGCAGGCGCGAGGUCGCCGUGCCGCGCGGAGCGCAGGGUGGAUGGCGCGGCCGGUGCGGAGGAACAAGAAAAUUGUUGACUAUUCACAGUUUGGGGAUUUGGAUAAUGAUGAUGAAGAUUUUGCCUGUGUAGCUGCACCUUUAAGAAAAAAAUCCAGAACACAGCUCAAGGAGCUGAAGAAGGAGAAAAAAGAGAAGCAGAAAACGCCACACAUAGAAUUGACUCCAUCACAAAAGGAAAUACUCAGUAAAAGGAUAUCCUUGGAUGACAAACUUUAUCAAAGAGAUUUGGAAGUUGCUUUAGCCUUGUCUGUCAAAGAAACAUCUGCAAACGUCCUUGAGGUGCAAAAUUCAGAAGAACAAGGUAAGAAUAUCAAAUCAGAAAAUGUAGGUGGGAGACCCCUUUUUUCCAACUGCAGUGUAGACAGUGAACUUUUAGGUCUUAAUCAGGUUAUAGAUGACAACAUACCUACAAGUCACCAUGGGCAAAGGAGAGUGGCAGCUAAAGCCCUGUCACAACAGAAGAAGUUACUAACCAUUGAAAGUGAUGACAGAGAGCAUUUUAUUGACUCUGAGCCAGAGUCUGUACCCAGUGGGGAAUCAGAAGAAGGUUCAGUUUAUAGUGAAGAUGAUGAUGAAGACUCUGCUAUGAAAAAGAAGAAAGCCAAAGGAAAUAAAAAGGAAAGUAAACAAAAAAUGCAAGCUGAAAGAGAAAAGAGAAGUCCCAAAUCCAAGGUUAAAACUACAGUAUUACCUAUAGUUUUUGCUUCAUGGAUAACAGAACUAAAAUCUGAGCCAAUACAAAAGAAGAUGUCCAGUUCUUCAGAACCAGUUGGAAGACCUUUGUACACAUCAAGUCCUGUAACAGACAAGAAACCUAAAUGGAUACCACCAGCUGCAUCAGGAAGCAGUAAUAACUCAGUGAAAUAUGUUUCGGUUAAGUCACCUACACAGUGUCUUAGACUUGGCCUCUCUAGACUAGCAAGAGUCAAACCACUGCAUCCAAGUACUGCCAGCAGUUGAAUGGUCAGUGACAAGAUGCUACUGGAAGGACUGUGUUUGGAAAAGACUUUCGGAAAUGUUUUGCUUAUAAAUGGAGUGGGCAGUAAAAGCUUCAUGGCAUUAUCUGUUUGUAGGACAGUCAUUUUUGUACAUGUCUGAAACUAUAGUGAAUUUUUAUUCUGAAAAAUGCUAGGCAUCCUUAAGUGCUCUUGAAUAAUUAUUUAAUCCCAGUGACCUCUGGGUCACCAGCUUUUUGAUAGAUUAUACGCAGAGAUAUGCAUUUGUGAUAACUUUAACUCUCUGAUACCUAGAUUCUUGGCCUUAAUAUAGUCUAGACAGCACUGUAUCAAUUAUGGAAUUUAGUAUCUCAGAUGGAUUCUUAGCGCAAUUAAAAGUCACAUAUUUAAAAAAUACUUCUUGAAAAAGUUAAGUCAUCACUUUCCACCCUCCUAGAAAUAGUCUCUCCACUUUUUCUCAAAAUUAGUUAAUGUUUGCAUAUCUUAUAGUUGGAUUUUAUUGAUUUUUAUGUAUUAUAUCUGUAUAUAUGAAUGCUAUUUAGAAUGUAUUUUUGAAAAAAAAUAAAAGUCUGAUUAAUCAUGA